CCACUAUCUUCAUGUCUAAGCCAAUAGAUCUCACCCAUUAGGCAGCGGAAGUAGGCUUCAUCUCUCCAAUAUCCGAAUCCUAUGUGCAGGCUGCGCGGGUUUUCCUCCCCUGCCUCUUACACUAAAACAAGCCAACUGAUUCCGCCGUAUUACUUCUGGACGUAAGAGACCACAUCAGACCCUCUCAGACAUUGAACCUCCUUUCUAGCUAUUGUUCUUGGUCCUAUGAAAGAAGAGAGGCGUCACCCCUGGUUUUCACGCUCUGAGUGUGCUGUUUCUCACCGUAGAGGAUUUUCAGUUGUUGUUGAUUCUCCUUGGUGUGUAAACGCAUGCUAAAGCAUAGCAUCAAUUGCCAGGAGCGUAAUAUUUAUAAUUACGCGAAAUCUUCUAGGAGAGUGCAACUGAGGCCUGGGAUGUCGCGUGAGCACCAUCGCUACCCUCAACCCUUGACCACACCGUCGUAACCGCUUCUAACCUAGUAGUUAAGCACAUUUCUAUGGCCUCAAUGAAUUCUUUGCACGUCAUUGUUUUGAUGCGUUCUAGUUUACCAGGCGCACUGUAGCAAACGAGUUGGUGUUUUUUGUGCGUGGUGGAGCGAUUUCAGUCGAAAUUGACGUUGGUGAGCACUGCGCUGCGAAGUACGAAGUCGACGAUCGUACAGACUAGGCGAAAGCCCACUUUACUUGCAUGUGUGAUUUACGGUAGAAAAAUGACUGAAAAGGCGAGCAAGCCUUAUUUCCAAUAGUUCGCCAGCGUCAUCAGAUUACUUCCUCGGCCAACACAACAUUUAACUUUUUGCAGCAGAAACGUUAAGAGGUUUAAGUGAGCAUUUCCAGCGGACCCGAAGGCAGCUCAUCUGCGAAGCCUGGCAUGGAAUUGCAAGGAAAGCUGUCAGCUAUGAAGGUUUACAAUAUUGACCUAGGCAUUGAGGAGCUCAUGAAAAAGAGGGACAGUAUGAAGAGGGUGGUGCAACUCGAGGAGGAAGAGAAAGCAAACAUUCAGAGGGACUUAACUGCGCUAACCAAACGCUUGACCGAGAUAGACGAGUCUCUGUCUCGAAAAUAUGCGUGUGUGGAAGACUAUGAAAAUACCAUUCACAACGUCGAAUCCGCUUAUUCGAAGAUCUUAGAGAGUUCGCAGGCACUCUUGCAAGUGCUCCAAUCUGAGAAUUGCAAUCACAUUUCACAAUGUGCAAGAUAGCAGACGGUUCAACUAGAAUCAUCUAUCAUCUUGAUGUGUGUACCAAUACAUUUUGCUGCUAGUAAGUGUGUUGAACUACUGAUCAAGGAAUACGGCCAGCGCUAGAUACGAUCCUCACUGGUAUUUUGAGCUCAUCUUUUCUGCGUGGUUCUGCCAUAUCAUCCUACCAUUUUCAAAAAGUUUGUCGUCACUUUCUUCACAAACAAUCCUGACGGUGUCGUUUCACAAGUAAUAGAAGUGGGAGUGAGAUUGAAAGUUGAAUUCCCGGAGCGCUGUUAAAAUGAUUUACCCGUUACCUUUGUUCACAAGAGCUGAACGUUCUGCAACACUUAAUGGAACAGUAUAAAUAAUUUAAAAACACACCCUUUUGGUCCGGUGUCUCCACAAUCCCUCCACCAGAAGAGAUGAUGGGAAUAACAUACCUGCCAUUUAGACGUGAACACGCUUAAAAGGGAGUGUUGAUAUAAACCAAUGUGUCUCUAACAAUGGCAUAUAGUAUUAACUAAGAUAUUACUAUGCCAUGCUUUUAUUAUUAUAGUAACUACAUCAUACACAUCAA